AUGACACGCCGGACAGGCCGUCAACCGAUCACAAAUGGUACUGACACCAAAGUUCGUACGCCGAGACCGAUCGAUCUCUUCAAAGGCUGGCCAAAUCCGACGCUCCUCCCUCCGCAGCAGCUUAACAAUGCUUCCGCGAACAUUCUCUCCGAUCCCAACAAUAUGGACGUAUUAUUCUACGGACCAGAUGAAGGAUAUGGUCCUUUGCGGGAAGAGAUAGCCAAGUGGUUAAGUUCGUUCUACCAGCCCCGAGAACCUAUCUCAAGCGGCAGGAUAUGUAUUAGCGGAGGAGCUAGUCAGAACCUGGCCUGCAUUUUGCAGACGUUUACUGACCCAAUCUACACUCGCAAUGUUUGGAUGGUGGCACCGACCUACUACUUGGCAUGUAGAAUAUUUGCCGACGCCGGCUUUGACAACCGGAUGAAAGCAGUCCCCGAAGAUGCCGAAGGAAUCGAUCUCGAGUACCUGGAAGGUGCUCUCCGGGAAAGUGAGAAGCGAGCGUUGCGGGAGAAUAACACCAUCCCGAAGUUAAAGGCGCCAAAGCCUUGGAGGAAGAUAUUCAAACAUAUCAUCUAUGCUGUACCCACCUUCGCCAACCCCUCCGGCCGUAUCAUGAGUCUCAGUCAUCGACGCCGAUUGGUGCGAAUGGCCAGAGAAUACGACGCCUUAAUUGUCACCGACGACGUUUAUGACAUGUUACAAUGGUCUUCUGAUCCCACCAAGGGCUCUCGCAGAAUGGAUAGGGCAGUAAUGCCACGCAUAGUGGACAUUGACCGAGAGCUCGACGGCGGACCCACGGACGACUAUGGGAAUGCGGUCAGCAAUGGCAGUUUCAGCAAAAUUGUAGCUCCAGGUUGUCGGACUGGAUGGGCUGAGGGUACCGAGGCUUUGGCCUAUGGCCUUUCACAGACAGGAUCAAGCCGGUCAGGAGGGGCGCCAUCGCAUCUGGUUGCAUCGUUCAUCUACCAGAUGCUGGCCAGCGGGACCUUACAGAGACACAUAUUUGAGGAGUUACAGCCCGCAUAUUCCCGACGGUACCAUCGCAUAAUGCGAGCCAUUGAGAAACACUUGUUGCCGCUCGGUUUGACCAUGCCCCAGGCUGAUAAAGAUGUUGCGGGCGGAUAUUUUGUCUGGCUGACCUUGCCAGGAUCUCUCAAUUCAACCACAAUAUACAAACGAGCACUGGCAGAAGAGAAUCUGACCAUCAUUUCCGGCCCCAAGUUCAAAGUGCAAGGUGACGAAGAGAAUGUGGCAACACGAUUUGAGAGUGAUCUACGGCUUUGCUAUGCCUGGGAUGAACUGGAUGUGCUGGAAGAGGGUGUUGUGCGGUUGGCGCGUGUGAUAAAACGAGAGAUGAACGAAUCAGCUGAGGGUGAGAACUGCGAGAAAUACUGA